UGUGUCUGGUUUUGACUUUUUGUCUCUCCACAGGUGUCCCUGUUUUGGAUGUGGUAACAAGUCUCCAGAGACAAGAAAGUGAAAGAGAGACCAUGUUUUAGAGACCCCGUGUUGGCAGCCCAUUAUCUACAAUGAACAAUGAAGACGAGUUCUAUGAUGCCGUCACAGGCUUGGAUUCAGAUGAGUCGUGUGAAGGCACAUCAGAAGCCAGUUUUAAAGAUGCUGUAGUGUAUGGCGGCGCUCAGAAGAACAAUGGAGCGGUUCCUCAGAACGGAAUUAAGAAGCACAGGUCGUCUCUUCCUGCCCCCAUGUUCUCCAGGAAUGAUUUUAGUGUGUGGAGCAUUCUCAAGAAAUGUAUUGGACUGGAGCUGUCCAAGAUCACCAUGCCCAUUGUGUUCAAUGAGCCCCUGAGCUUUCUACAGAGAAUCUCUGAGUAUAUGGAGCACACAUACCUCAUCCAGAAAGCCUGCUCACAGUCCGACACUAUAGAGAGGAUGCAGACGGUAGCUGCCUUUGCUGUGUCUGCAGUCGCUUCUCAGUGGGAUAGAACUGGAAAACCUUUCAACCCGCUUUUAGGAGAAACCUAUGAACUCACACGAGAUGAUCAGGGUUUCAGACUGAUCUCAGAGCAGGUGAGUCACCAUCCGCCAAUCAGUGCAUUUCACACUGAGAGUCUGACAGGUGACUUUGUGUUCCACGGCUCCAUCUACCCCAAACUCAAGUUCUGGGGCAAAAGUGUGGAGGCAGAACCUAAAGGGACCAUCACGCUAGAGCUUUACAAGCAUAAAGAGGCAUACACAUGGACAAACCCUUUCUGCUGUGUACACAAUAUAAUUCUUGGUAAACUGUGGAUUGAACAGUACGGCACUGUAGAAAUUGUCAACCACAGUACUGGAGAGAAGUGUGUACUGAACUUUAAACCCUGUGGGAUGUUUGGAAAGGAGCUGCACAGAGUUGAAGGUUACAUCCAGGAUAAGAGUAAGAAGAAGCGCUGUGUGAUCUAUGGGAAAUGGACCGAGUGUAUGUGGAGCGUCGACCCACAGGUGUACGAGGCCCAUCGGAAACUCGAGAAGAAAGGAACAGCGGACACUAAAAAACAGAAACAGGAGGAGCCAGAAGCCGUCAACGAGGAUGCCGAUGAAAUGCCUGAAGUACAGGAGACUGUGGCAGUGAUUCCUGGUAGCACAUUAUUAUGGAGAAUAUCAUCAAGACCGCCUCAUUCAGCAGAGGUACACACACACUGUUAUGUUAAUGUGCAGAGGCCUGAAGGCACAGACACAUCAACACAUGACUUUAAGUGAAAAAACAGUCAAACAAACAAAUGGAUGAUUCCUUAAAAAGUGACACUA